UCGCUCCUUCGACCCGCGGCCACCGGCAGAGUAGCAGCAGCACACCUUUUGCAGUUGAUCGUUGCAUAGUUGCCCAAAGAAGACCCAAGAUGAACGCUUCGAUCACCGACCCCGUGGCGUUCGCCAAGGAUUUCAUCGCCGGUGGUGUGUCUGCCGCUAUCUCCAAGACAGCCGUAGCCCCCAUUGAACGUGUGAAGCUCCUUCUGCAGGUCCAGCAUGUGUCCAAGCAGAUCGCUGCUGACAAGCAGUACAAGGGUAUUGUGGACUGCUUCGUCCGCAUCCCCAAGGAGCAGGGCUUCUCCAGCUUCUGGCGCGGUAACAUGGCCAAUGUGAUCCGUUACUUCCCCACACAGGCGCUCAACUUCGCCUUCAAGGACAAGUACAAGCAGGUCUUCCUUGGUGGCGUUGACAAGCACACCCAGUUCUGGCGUUAUUUCGCCGGUAACUUGGCGUCUGGCGGUGCCGCUGGAGCCACCUCCCUCUGCUUUGUCUACCCUCUUGACUUCGCCCGAACAAGGUUAGCUGCUGAUGUCGGCAAGGGAGGAGCCCGCGAAUUCACUGGUCUGGGCAACUGCAUCUCAAAGGUGUUCAAGUCUGAUGGCCUCUCUGGUCUCUACAGAGGUUUCGGAGUCUCAGUGCAGGGUAUCAUCAUCUACCGCGCCUCAUUCUUCGGCUUCUACGACACUGCCAAGGGCAUGUUGCCCGACCCCAAGAAGACCCCCCUGGUCGUCUCAUGGGCCAUUGCACAGACUGUGACCACCGUUGCUGGCAUUAUCUCCUAUCCCUUCGACACCGUGCGUCGGCGCAUGAUGAUGCAGUCCGGCCGCGCCAAGGCUGACAUUCUCUACAAGAACACCCUUCACUGCUGGGCAACCAUCGCCAAGAACGAGGGCACUGGUGCCUUCUUCAAGGGCGCUUUCUCCAACGUUCUCCGUGGUACCGGCGGUGCCUUCGUGCUCGUCCUCUACGACGAGAUCAAGGCCCUCUUGUAAACCAUCCCGGAGUCAACCGAGUCCGCUGACGGGUGCGACGGGGUGUGCGCCCGCCGGCGGACGCGCGCCUGCCCGCUGUAGUCCUAGCGCUAUUUUCGUUCCGAGCUCAGGAGUAAUUCUUUUCGCCGACGCACGCGAAAACCAAGCGACACCGAACUAUGUAUAUAUAUUUUGACCAGAAGUAAAUUAUAUGCUGCAGAUAAAGAAAUAAAAAUGAUGGAAGGCCUUUGAAAGACCAGAAGAAACGAAAAA